CCGCCAUCUUAGCCUGUUCCGGAGAGCAGGCAGCUAGGCUCCGACACCGUGCGGUAUAAAGCCGCGGAUUUUGUCACCACUGCGGAUCACCACCUGGCCAUCACCGCCCUUCUCACAGCCCACGGACACAGUUCAGAUCCUUCCCAGGCACCUGCAGCUGAAACACCACCAACCAUCAGACAAAAUGUCAUAUGGGUCCAUUGAUGGCGGCUCCUUUGGCAGUCGUAACCCUUUUGGAGGUCCUAUGAGGCAGGGCUACCAGCCAGUAGCCACACAGGUCAGCCCCUCAGAAUUGCAAGAUGUGUUUCAGGAGACCUCCUCAAACAUCUUCCAGAUCAACGCCAACGUUGUCACACUAGAGAAGAAUCUUCAGUCACUGGGAACAUCUAGAGAUACUGCAGAGCUGCGACAGAGUCUACAUUCCACUCAGCAGCAAACCAACAAAGUCAUCACCAGCACAAGCCAACUCAUCAAACAGCUCUCUGAUAUAAUCAGUGGCUCUUCACGGCAAGACCGUCUGCGCCUGACCAGACUAAAGACUGAACUCUCGGAGUCUGUGCAGCGCUAUGGGGAUUUGCAGAGGAAAAUUGCUGAACGCUCAAGAGCCCUGCUCCCUCCAGCUCAGAAAGACAAGAAGAUUUCUCAGACUCCAUGCAGUGAGCAGAUAGAUGAGGGUCCACUGUUUGGAGCAGGUUCAGAAGGAGGAGCUCAGGCUUUCCUGUCUGAGAUCAGCGAGGAGGACGUGGAGGUGCUCCGUCAGAGAGAGGAGGCUUUACUUCAGAUUGAAAGAGACAUGCUGGAUGUCAGUCAAAUCAUGAAGGAUCUGGCAUGCAUGGUUCAUGAACAAGGAGACACAAUAGACAGUAUUGAAGAUUACAUUCAGACAGCAUCGUCUAAUGUGGAUUCAGCCAAUCAAGAGCUUGCCAAGGCCAACCAAUACCAGAGGCAGCUGAGGAAGAGGAAGUGUUACCUACUGUUAGUUGGUGCUAUUGUCCUCACCAUCCUCAUCAUCAUCAUUGCUGUUUCAGCAAGAAAAUGAGACUGACCACUGUGGUAGCUGUUGUCAUCACAGUGUCACCGCACUGCUCCUGCCCAGUCUGAUCCCUGACCUGAGCAGCUGGUUCCCAGUAAGAGGGAGCUGCCCUGGAACAACAUCUCUACUCCAUCAUCUCUGGCUCUAUUUACGUGUCUGUCAGUCUGAGGAUGGAGGUCUUUAUCAGCAUGCCUCCAGUCUGAGCCUCUUAUGAAAUCAUCGCUGUUCUCACACGUGUUUUUUUUUAAUGCCACAGCUGUUUGCUGUGAUACAAAUGCUAUGAAAGUGUGAAUUUUGUGAUUGCAUCAGAGGCACAAGCUGGGUGUUUCCUGUAUUAAAUGUAAUGGGUAAUGCUUUGUUUUGCACUCCUUCAGCUCCAACCUGUGGUGUUGCAUCACUAAAUCAGAUGAAGGAGAACCUUCAGAGUGACACUGUCUUCAGCUGCUGUAUGCUGUAAUCUUUCUUCUUAAGCAUUUUUACUGAAAUGAACUUCAUAUUAUUAGCUUGCAGUGUAAUUUAAUCAUUAUUAUAUUGCAGUGUUUGUCAAUAUUAGAAAAAUACUGUCAAUAUUAGUAAAUACUGUUUCCAAAAUAAAAGUUUAAGUUCAGCAACAUGUUCUGACUGUGAUAUGAACCUUGGUCAUUUCUACAUUAGACACUUCAUUAUUUAGUUAGUUGAAUGACUGUUUGAAUUCCCUAUGUGAUUUUAUCAUGACUUUGUGUUCCACAGUCUGACGUUGACCUAGAAAUAAGUUUUUCCCACCCAGAAGAAUCAUCUGCAGAUCCCAUACAGAGUGCACUGUUUAAGCUACUUUAUCCAGUUCACAGUCGCUACACAUCAGCAAGCCACUUUGCAACCCACCUCCCUUCCAGCAUCUGACUCAAUCACUGUGAUAUUUGUUGUCACUGAUGCCUCCUCUGUUCUGUGCUUGCUGCUGCUGGUUUUCCAUUUAUCCACAUGGAGGGGUGGGGAAGAAGAAGAAGAAGAAGAAACAGCCUUUAUUGUCCCACAGAGGGGAA